AUGAUGAAGAAGAGAGUGUGCGUUGUUGGCGCUGGGCCUUCUGGACUUCCAAGUGCACGGUAACGCUGUCAGAAAAAUAUAAACAUAGCACCCUAGCACCGUUUUGUCUGUAGACCUCAGUCUUUCUCUUGAAGAUGUCUUACACUAUGUAUCCUAUUGCAAAUAAGGUUAACUUCUAAUUCCUCCAUUUUCAGCUAGUCCAGUAUACAACGGGCUGUUUCCAUUAAUCUACGAUCCACACAGUAGUAAGGAAACACGUCUCCAAGCUUUGCUACGACCCUGACAGUAGACAAGGCCCACAAAUACAGACACUUUAUAUGAAAAUUUCCACAUUCGAAUGAGUUUUCGUCUACGAGCCUCACAGUGGCGAAAAACUCGAGAUGUAUUUUACAUUUUGCGAACCUGACAGCAAAUGUAAAGUAGCAAUCCCUUAAGAAAUAUAGCUGAUGUUGACUAUGGUGACCGAAAUUUAGAUGGGCAUUGGAAUACGGAUUCACCCCGGUCAUCUUCGAAGCUACCGAUUCCUUGGGAGGAUUGUGGAAUUACAAAGAAGAUGAAACGGAAUGGUCGACCGUGAACAGCUUUACAGUCAAUAAUACGUCCAAAGAAUUGACGUCUUACUCCGAUUUUCCACCAAAAGAAAGUUCCGCGCCCUAUAUGCCGUGGCGAGGUGGGUAAAUCAUUGCUUUUCCAUAUACGUAAACUUACUGUAGAUUUACUGUCCUACUUCAAAGACUAUGCGCAUCAUCACGGAAUCGACAAGUAUAUUCUCUACAAGCACCGUGUCAUCAACAUUCAACGGGCUGCCAAUUACAAAGAAACUGGAAAUUGGAUGGUCCAAUAUCAGGAUGGGUAAGAAGAAACGGAAAACUUUGUAGAACAAAACUUUCUCUAACGGCGAACGUAUAACAAAGAUUACAAUUGUAGCUCCGGCGCAAUAAAGUCACAAAUGUUCGAGUAUGUCAUCAUUGCCACAGGCCAUCAUGGAAUGCCCAAUCUCCCCGAUGAGUAUCCCGGCCAAUCCUCCUUUACCGGCAAAAUCAUCCACUCCAAAGCCUACAAAAAUAACAAAGACUUGGACGGAAAAACUGUGGUCGCCGUCGGACUUGGCAACUCCGCCAUCGACGUCGCAACGGAUUCUUCGCGGGUUGCGAAACAAGUCUAUUUGUCGACCAGAAGAGGCGGGUAUGUGUGGAGUAAAGUCGGGCCGUUUGGUCGGCCAAUGGACACAUACUUGAACAGACGGUUUGUGGCGACGGUAAAGAAGAUAGCCCCCGCGCUUUACUCGUUUGUUGCCGAGCAGUUUAUAAAUGCCGUUUUUGAGCACAAAGCCUAUGGAUUGGCCCCAAAACAUAGAGUAAUCCAACAACAAGGCGCCUUCUCCGACGAGCUUUUUGGUGAGAAAUUUGAAUACAAGUCUCUAAUCUAGUGGAAUCAGUAAUUUCAAUAUGUUAUGCAUUGUAGGUCGUCUUAUUGGAGGAUCGGUAAAGGUCACUGGUGAAAUUAGAGAAUUCACUGGUAUGUUCAGAAUGAUUAUUUUGUUUUUUCUCCUUUGACUCACAAAGAAACAACACCCUUUCUUCAGAAAAUGGCAUCAUUUUUGCGGAUGGCAAAGUCGUGGAGGACGUAGAUCUCGUUGUGUUUGGUACUGGCUUCAAAUUCAAUUUCAACAUUUUGGAGAACGGUGGUCUUAUUCCUGUUGACAAAAAUAUUAUUCAAAAGGAUCGAAAGUUAUGGAAAAGAAUCUUUCCAAUCAACCUGGCUCCGAAGAGUACUUUGGGGAUGAUUGGAUUUUUCCAGGUGAGGACUCGAUUCGACAAAAAUAUCUUUGGAAAAGGGCCUGAAAUUCGUUAUACAGAGUAUUUAUACAACGUGUAUGCCGGGGAAUCUCUCUACAGCAAAAUUCCGUACAUUAAAACCUUUCUAUAACAAAAAAUAUUUCGUGUCCCAAAAGUCAGUCUUGGGCUCAAGAAUCCCAACCCUCUCCAUUGCGAAUAUAACGAAUUCUUGGUCCUUUGCGAUCUGUUGUGCAGAUAUUUGACUGUACCCUUAAAUUAUGACACCUUUGUCUUCAGCCAGUCGGCUCGUUGAUGCCAAUCUCCGAAAUGCAAGCUCGCCUCUUCUUCGAGGUUGCGACUGGCUCCAUCAAACUCCCUCCCGCUGAAGUCAUGAGAGCCGAAAUGGACGAGAGCGACAAAAAGAUGGCCAAUCGUUUCUACUCCUCGACUCGUCACACUCUCCAAGUCGACUUUACUGGCUACAUGACCGAGCUGGCCGAUUUGAUCGGAUGCACUCCAAAUUUCAAACAGUUGAUCUUUUCCGACCCAAAGCUGGCGUUUCACGCCUUCUUUGGACCUGAUGUAGCUUACUGUUACCGUAUAAGCGGGCCCAAAUCUUGGAGUGGAGCAAGAGAGGCUGUUCUGGGCUGUCAAAAGCGGUUGAUGGCCGGAGUUAAGCACAGACAAGGAGAGGUCGGUAACACCAACUUUUACCUUGCUGUUUUGGUCAUCGUUCUUGUUGCGCUUAUUGCGAGUUAUGGAGUUUUCGGUGGUUGCAUUCAUUAA